AUGGUCAAACAAGAGAACAUUGAUCACACCACUACACAAUCCCUAGACAAACAAGAGAACAUUGAUCACACCAAUACACAAUCCCUAGACAAACAAGAGAACAUUGAUCACACCAAUACACAAUCCCUAGACAAACAAGAGAACAUUGAUCACACCAAUACACAAUCCCUAGACAAACAAGAGAACAUUGAUCAUACCAAUACACAAUCCCUAGACAAACAAGAGAACAUUGAUCACACCAAUACACAAUCCCUAGACAAACAAGAGAACAUUGAUCACACCAAUACACAAUCCCUAGACAAACAAGAGAACAUUGAUCAUACCAAUACACAAUCCCUAGACAAACAAGAGAACAUUGAUCACACCAAUACACAAUCCCUAGACAAACAAGAGAACAUUGAUCACACCAAUACACAAUCCCUAGACAAACAAGAGAACAUUGAUCAUACCAAUACACAAUCCCUAGACAAACAAGAGAACAUUGAUCACACCAAUACACAAUCCCUAGACAAACAAGAGAACAUUGAUCACACCAAUACACAAUCCCUAGACAAACAAGAGAACAUUGAUCACACCAAUACACAAUCCCUAGACAAACAAGAGAACAUUGAUCACACCAAUACACAAUCCCUAGACAAACAAGAGAACAUUGAUCACACCAAAACACAAUCCCUAGACAAACAAGAGAACAUUGAUCAUACCAAUACACGAUCCCUAGACAAACAAGAGAACAUUGAUCACACCAAUACACAAUCCCUAGACAAACAAGAGAACAUUGAUCACACCAAUACACAAUCCCUAGACAAACAAGAGAACAUUGAUCACACCAAUACACAAUCCCUAGACAAACAAGAGAACAUUGAUCACACCAAUACACAAUCCCUAGACAAACAAGAGAACAUUGAUCACACCAAUACACAAUCCCUAGACAAACAAGAGAACAUUGAUCACACCAAUACACAAUCCCUAGACAAACAAGAGAACAUUGAUCAUACCAAUACACAAUCCCUAGACAAACAAGAGAACAUUGAUCAUACCAAUACACAAUCCCUAGACAAACAAGAGAACAUUGAUCAUACCAAUACACAAUCCCUAGACAAACAAGAGAACAUUGAUCACACCAAUACACAAUCCCUAGACAAACAAGAGAACAUUGAUCAUACCAAUACACGAUCCCUAGACAAACAAGAGAACAUUGAUCACACCAAUACACAAUCCCUAGACAAACAAGAGAACAUUGAUCAUACCAAUACACAAUCCCUAGACAAACAAGAGAACAUUGAUCAUACCAAUACACGAUCCCUAGACAAACAAGAGAACAUUGAUCACACCACUACACACUCCCUAGACUGCCCUAGACAAACAAGAAAACAUUGA